AUGCACCCAUGGCAAGACAACCGUGAAAACGACAGCACAUCAAUGGCAGAUCACGAUCCGACUGAACCUCCAGCAAAGAAGACCAAGACACAAAGUGAGACUGGAUUUGAGGCUUGGGCAUCCUGGAAAUAUCCUCCCGAGUUCUGGGCUAGGCUCUCUGAGAUCAGCCUGACACCCAGGGCUAUAGAAGAGCACAACCGCCGCCUCCGUCUUCAGCACCAUCCUUCUCCGCCCCUGCCUGGACAAAAAGAACCAGUUGAACAUCUUGUGCAUAGGUUACCAGCGAGACACCUUGCUCGAUUUUCAAGGCACGGCGGUCCGGAUCUCUCUGGUCUUCGCGGGUAUCCGGUAACAAUGCGUCAGCUUUCUGUCGCCAUGAGUGCGAGCCAAUCCUCGCAAAGCCGGGCGACGAUGUGCGUUGACCCCACCUCAACCUUUCCUACCUCGGUAACGACCAAAACGACCAAGACUAAGAAGACGACGCCAUAUGACCGAAACUUCGAUUUACAUCUAACCGACCAUAGUAUUCACCCCGUGUACUCCUCACGAGAGCCAAACUUAGUAGAGAUCAUGACGGCGAUAGCUGUACCAAGACCAUCUCUUUCGCCUUCUAAAUUUUUCAAUAGUACUUUUAAAGCAUUUCAAGAGAGUAACGCCCGGGCCAAAGACGAGGACGAUGUGUUGGCCAAUGUCCUGCCAACCAUCCUCGGACCCCGCCAGACUGCCCACGCAACCGCUCGGAACACGGUGUUUACAAACCUCGAGCCGCUCACAGACGGGACCAUCCCUCCACCCCGACCAGACAUCUACUACGGAGCACAUCCGGAAGAGCUGUCCCGGUCUCCCUGGGCUCCCAACUUUUUUGUCGAGGUGAAAGGCCCAGAUGGUAGUGCAGCUGUGGCCACACGGCAAGUUCGUUACGAUGGUGCGGUCGGAUCGCGCACUAUGCAUAGCCUGCAGAACUAUCGGGAAGAGGAACCCAAGUACGACAGCCAGGCCUACACGUACAGCUCGACCUACCACGCCGGCACUGGCACACUUCAGUUAUAUGCCCACCACGUCACGACGCCAACAGAGAAAGGAGGACGGUCCGAGUACCAUUUGACUCAGAUGCGGACAUUUGGGAUGACAGACACUCGCGAAACUUUUAUCCAAGGAGUCACUGCACUCAGAAAUACCAGGGACUUGGCAAAGCGGCAUCGGGACCGUUUCAUCCAAGCAGCAAGCGCUAGAGCAUCCCAGUCCAGAACAACCGUCUCCCAGGACAUCGUUGAAACACUCGAAGGGGAUCCAAACACAUAUCAGUCCGAGUGGCGGGAUGGUGAUGGGGAACUUCAACAAUCCACCACCGACGCUAGUGGUAACGGCUUUGAAGACGGUGGCAAAGCAAUUGCCAAUCCUCAGCCUCUCUACAUAAAGGGUGAUUCAGAAGAAACGAAUCAGAGCUCUGAGGCGCUCGAAGAUGAUCCAUCUCUGGGGCUUAUGACGAACUUCGCAUCGAGCUUUAGCAGCGCGAAACGUCCUAGGAAGUCAGUUAGUCUGCCGUCCCAGAGUCGAAAGCGGUUCAGGAAAAGACAUAUAACAGAGUCGUCCCCAUAA